CCACUCCGUUCCCAAACAGCUUCAAAUGUUUUACCUGUGACAAGGCAGUGGACAACUACAACUGCAACAGGUGGGCUGAGGACAGGUGGUGUCCUGCAGUGUUUGCUGUGCUGCAGGUGUGCAAGAAAACUGAGGCUAGCCGGGCACUGCUGAGUGAGUGCGUUUCCUGUUGUGAAGGCAUGAUCUGCAAUGUGGGGAUCCCCACGAACGCCACCAAUGCCGUGUUUGCUGUGCUGCAGGCUCACAGGACGGCCGGGGGCAGCCGGGCACUGCCCAGCCUGGCGCUGCUGGUGACAACGGUGACAGCGGUGACAGCGGUGACAACGGUGACAACGGUGACAGUGGCCCUGUCCUGA